UUCUGCUUCAGUUUCAGAGCCCCACAAAAGCCCAUGUCACAGUCGCCGCCAUUACCAAAAGUCGUACACUUUUUUGGCCUUUACGUUGCCAAGGUUUCUUGUUUUUGGAUGAGCGGGUACCAUUUCUAGGCUGCACUACACAAACCAAAUAAUGCUACUACUAUGAUGAAGAAUUUAUGCACACAGACACCAACCGCCCGGCUUAUUACAACGUGUGUGUGUGUAUAUAUAUAUACAUCCUGAAACAUAAUACUGCUACUACGAUGUCAAGCUGCUCUACUUUCAUCAUUGAGUUCAAGAAUCUUGAUUUUAGGAAGAGAUAAGAAGUGGGCUUGAGAAGAAAUCUCUUGCUUGCUUCUCUUUUAUGUUUCUUGAUUUGUGAAGGGACAGCUUGUUGAAAACCAAGAACUUUGUUUUUCUUCAUCUCUGAGGACUUCUUGUGCGUGUGUUACUUUCGGUUUGUAGUUUUUUGUAUUGCAAACGAGCUUCCAGUUCUAUAUAUUGGUCUUGUUUUCUGUUUACCAAAGGCCAUUGCAAGAACGUGCUGGAAACCUCUCUCUCCAAGCUCGCAUACAUGGCUGAAAAAGGUCCAGACUUCUACUCUCACAAAUUUCCUUCCUCAUCCCAGGUGGUAGAGGAGUUGAAGGGACUAUGGUCAAUGGCACUCCCUAUAACGGCAAUGAACUUUCUGGUGUAUGUUAGAGCUGUGGUUUCAGUCUUGUUCUUGGCCAGGCUUGGGAGCCUAGAGUUGGCCGGUGGUGCGCUCUCCAUUGGCUUCACAAAUAUCACUGGCUAUUCUGUGUUAGUAGGCCUUGCUUCUGGCCUUGAGCCAGUCUGCAGCCAAGCUUAUGGGAGGAAAAACUGGGACCUUCUAUCACUAUCUCUCCACCUCAUGAUCUUCAUACUUCUGCUGGCUAUCAUCCCCAUUGGUAUUCUUUGGAUCAAUCUUGAGUCAAUCAUGCUUUUCAUGGGCCAAGAUAAGGAUAUCACCUCCAUGGCUGCAACAUAUUGUAUCUAUUCUCUGCCUGACCUUUUGACAAACACUCUGUUACAGCCCUUGAGAGUUUAUUUGAGGUCACAAGGGGUGACCAAGCCCCAAUUUUGGUGCACUUUAAUGUCUGUGAUAUUCCAUAUACCUCUGAAUUAUGUUCUUGUGAUGGUUAUGGGGGCGGGGGUUCGUGGGGUGGCAAUGGCCUCUGUUUUGACAAACCUGCAUAUGAUGGUGCUGAUGAUGGGAUAUGUGUGUGUAUAUGGGAGAUGGAAGUGGAGAUGGACCAGAGGGGUUGGUCGGACGUGUCGUAGGAUCAGGCGUCUUCUUAAGUUGGCUGUGCCUAGUUGUAUUGGAAUAUGUUUGGAGUGGUGGUGGUAUGAGAUUGUGACGGUGCUGGCUGGAUACUUGCCUAAUCCUAAGCUGGCGGUGGCUGCCACCGGGAUAAUGAUUCAGACAACCAGCCUCAUGUACACUGUUCCAAUGGCCUUGGCUGGCUGCGUCUCUGCUAGGGUAGGCAAUGAGCUGGGAGCCGGGAAGCCAUACAAAGCCAAGUUGGCUACAAAUGUGGCAUUGGUCUGUGCAUUUGCAAUUGGAUUCGUCAACAUAAUUUGGACAGUGAUAUUUAGGGAGAAAUGGGGUGAGCUCUUCACAAAAGAUGAAAUGCUCAAAUCUCUUGUUGCAUCAGUUUUGCCAAUAAUCGGCCUGUGUGAGCUCGGAAACUGUCCACAGACCACUGGCUGCGGCAUCCUAAGGGGUGCUGCCAGGCCAGUCGUGGGUGCCCAUAUCAAUCUUGGCUCAUUCUACUUCGUGGGAACUCCUGUAGCCGUCCUCUUAGCCUUUCGGUAUGGUUUUGGCUUCAGCGGGCUGUGGCUAGGCCUGCUGUCGGCUCAAGCUGCCUGUGCUAUCUCAGUACUUUAUUUUGUGCUGUGUUGUACAGACUGGGAAAGUGAAGCUGUGAAAGCCUCUACAUUUACAAGCCCAGAAAUGGGAAAUGAGUGGAGUAGUGAUGAUGAAGAGGAACAAGAACUAUUGGUUGUACAGGAUCAGAAUGUUAAUGAUGCUCUAUAGGCUGGGAACUUGGAAAGUGCAGCCAAUUGUUGGUCAUCUGGAAUUGUUUUUGUUUUCUACAAUGCCCCAUGAGGGAUAAAGGUUCUUGGUUUUUGAGGCAUGGGGCUUUGUAAAUCAAUAAGAAAGAAGUGUGAUCAUGGUGGCCUAUACAGAUGUCGUAUAAUUAAGGCUAAUACAAUAUUUUUAUCACCAAUACUUGUGCUCUGUGAAAAUGCAAUUCAGCAAAAAAUUGUCUAUUUGCAUAAAAGAGUAGAAAUUCUCGACCCUUAGCCAGUUCAUAACUGUGGAAGAAGUCAAGAAACAUCCUUCUUUUCAAACUACAGACACACCCACUACAUAAGGGGUGAAAUUCUUGGACAGCCAUAUUCGUCCAAUGUCGUCUUGA